GACAUAAGGGUUUCAAUUAUAUUCGUAAUGGAUUGCAUAUUGGACCGAUUUUAUGAACUACGAAUAUGAAUAUACUUACGAUAAUAUUCCAAAAUAUGCAUCAAAAACACUUUUUGUUUCUUUAAUAUGCUUAAAAUGCGAAAUAUCGUUAAUAAUCUACAAACAGAGGUAUUUAGUCAGAAUGACAAGUAUCCCUUAUGUCAAACAAUAAUAAAAUGGACAACAGCCAACGCUGCUAUUAACCAGCUCUGCAUAAAUUUAAAUACCAACUCUCGUGAACGGAGGAAGACGAAGGCAUCGACAGAAAAAUAAUAAGCAUCGCGUUGCAUAGACGCGUGCAAGAGAUAUUUCUUUUAUUUCUGUAUGGCUUAAACCGGGCGUGAUUUUCAUAAAAUCGCAACAAAGCGUAAAAUGAAGCUUGAAUACUGAAGUGUAGUUUUCUCCCUAGGAAAAUAACAAAAAGUAACAAAAAAGAAACGCGUUGUUUAUGUGCGUUUUAAAGUUCCAAUUCAGCAAUAGUCUUCUAAGCUGUUUAAAGUGAUCCAAGUUGUUGUGAAUUUGCGUGCUGAGGUGUUGUGUGAAUAGUUCAGUGCAUUUAAAACAGUGUAAUACAGCUUAAACUGUCAACUAAUGGCUAAUGUUCGGGAAGUUUCUUUAAAUUGGAUGUAAAUGUGCGUGUGUGAAACAACCAACUCGUAUCGAUGCAUCAUCCCUGUGCUUUCAGCAUACGGCUACUACCUUACCAAUGGCCCUAAAUAGUCCCAAACGUCUCAAGACGGCUGUGCCGCCAUGCGCAAAUUAUUUAAGCACACCGCCACCAUCGGUAACCAUCGGUUCACCACCACCGAUCCGAACACCGUCGUCCACGAAUGGUAUGCAGCAUCAGAUCGUAACACUCAACACAUCGGCGCAAUCGCAGCAAUCCUGGAACCAAAACAACAAUUGGUUCAGUGAUGCUACCAGUCCCACAUCAAGCUGCAGCUCUCCGGAUGGGCAUCAAAACCGAAGCUAUGGUGGGCACAACUCAUCCGGCACACCGCAAACAUGGAACACUUCUAGCGGUGGCAGUGGUUCAGCCGAAAAGUCAGAAAAUAAGCGCGGCCGGCCGCGUUCCGAAGCACUGACGACGCUCAUGGUCGAGGGUUCGAUUUCACCGUCCGCAAUAAAAUGCCGCUAUUGUAAUCGAGUUUUCCCGAGAGAAAAGUCCUUGCAGGCACAUCUACGCACACACACAGGUGAACGUCCUUACCAGUGCGAUUAUCCAGGAUGUACACGUGCCUUCACGCAGAGUGGUCAAUUGAAAACGCAUCAACGACUGCAUACCGGUGAGCGACCCUUCAUCUGUUCCGUCGCACAUUGCCAGAUGCGUUUUACGCACGCAAAUCGUCACUGUCCUGAUCAUCCGCACGAUACGCUCAGACGGUGCGAUGACUUUGUUAUACAAACAGUGCCGGAACAGAACAGUGAGGUACUGAAAUGGUUGGAAAAGUAUCGCGCCGAACGAGAGGAUCGCACACCAACGCGAAAAACACCCAAGCGCAACAACGCAUCAAAUGGAGGCAGUUGUGAGAACGGAAGCAGCACAGCGGAUAGUGUAUCGCUGAACGAGAAUGAAAAUCGUCGACCACAUUUGGUCGCACGUGCUGCCAACAAUGAAAAUCACCUUCCGAUGGGUGUUAGUGGAACGGUGAAUGGAGGAAUGGGGGGAGAUUCCGGUGCCAACGUAGGGCUCGAUAGCAAUCAGCUCCUGCUGUCACCGAUUACACCGAACAAUUCGUACAAAUCAAGCCGUAAGGGACUGAUGGACAUGAACGCAUGUAUGAGCCUUACCAACAGCCCAGUAAUGGCAAAGCCGAAGAAUUCGCGUCCGAAGCUUAUUCAAUGGCAGGAACCCACGAGCCAGGAGGAAGAUGAAUCCGGCGAUGAAUGUUUUGCUCCGUCGAAACAAUCUACGUUCAACCCGAAAAAGAAAUGGUUGCGUGACGCUUGGCAGGACGAUCUCGCUAAACCGCUGGAGCCGAAUCUAAUUUCGCAGAAGCUGUUCUCAUCUACGACUUCCACGAUGGCACUGAAGCAACAAUUGCACCAGGAGAGCGUCACCACAAUAUCGCCGGCAAAAAGACAACUUCUUGGUGUGACGGGCCACAACAAGCCAUUGCCACGGAUGGAAGGAAUCGGUAAUGGAUGUUCCAUACCGUUGCCAGUGUUAUCUACCGUUGCACCGGUGUCAGUCGAUCCAAACCAAACCCGGCCGACGGUUUUGAUGGUGGCCAGCAAGGACUGUGCUCGUCCACUAUCAGAUAAACCAGCUGCAGCACUGCAACCUAAUGAAACCGCUGCAAACUGCAUUAAUUUGGCUCCGAAGCCAGAAGAAAACAAUCGCAAGCUACAGGGAGCAUUAGCGUUAAUACAGCUCGCAGCAAAGGACGCACUGCUAAGAGAUUCUUUUCACGUGCCGAACAUGGAGGAAACAUUUCUGACCGACAAUACCGCACCAUACGGCGAUGAAACAGCGCUAGCAUGUUCAGUUGAAGAAACGAAUGGUCACUUGAUGAUGUCGGAAGGAUACACUGCCGAAGUUAACGCAUUGGGCAGGUAUUCUUAAGGAAACAGUAAAGGUCUAACCUGGUUGCCCGUUGUCUAAUAGUUUCUUGCCCCCUCCCGACGGUUCGUUUGCCAGCAUUUGCCAACGUUCGUAAUAAGGGAUUGUUUCACUAAAGAUAGGUUCCAAAGAAAAUCUUCCGAACAGAUGAAGAUAGAAAAAGACACAAUUAGAGAGGCUUUUUUUAAGGGUCACAACAAUCACGUUAGUAGAAUGUUUUGUGUAAAGUUUUAUUUUCAUAACCAAACAGCAGCAAAGGGAAUUCAAAUAACCGAUAUUAAUAGUCUCUUAACUAAAAAAAAAAAUAUUUCUUCCAAAUUCAAAACGAGAAUGAUAACAACGAUUUUUUUCUUUUUCAUUUCGAUUAUUGAAAUCAUUAGUGUACAGAAGAUUGAUAUGGCACAAGAAAUGGUUUAGCAUAAUAAGAAUUCAAAAUUUUGGCGAUUACCUUACUUUUCAUUUCCUUUUGCGUAAACAUAUUUUCUACUAACUCAUUUAUUUUCAACAAUCGUUAUUAAAACAUUUCCUUUAAAAAGGUUAUACCAUACUCGCUUCGCGAGUUUCUCGCCCAGUGAGCUCAUAGGGGAAGUAUAUUGGUAAAGCAGUUUCUAUUUACAUUAUUCUCUCUUACAUUUACGUUAGAAUGCGCGCUGCUCAUAUGAAUCCUGGAAGAGUUGAAGAUUUAUUUAUUUCUAUAUUUUUUUUCCUUUAUGAUUAACGAUUUAUUUCUAUUUCGUUCGGUUUACACAAUUUAAUGCAUAUCCUUUAUCACGCGUGUACAGGACUAUGAAGUUGAAUCGAACAUGUCAACGAAGAUGUUUCUCUUUUUUCCGUUUCAUAUGAUAGAAUUGUGAUUGUUGGAACGAGCGAAUCGGGUCGUACUUGAAGCACUGUGUAAAUAUUGAAACAAUAAGAUGUGUACAAUAAAUGUAUGUAUCAAGAUGAAAUAACAAA